AUGGGGGAUGAUGUCAUAUGCAUCGAUUCGGAUGACGACGAGGAAGAUGAGGCAGUUUUUCCUCCUGCUGCUGCUGCUGCUGUUGCCGGAAGUGCAUUCAAUGCACGUGCAGCGUUUGGAAGACACGGGGGACGACACUGGCGUCAGCGGCGUCGAGCACAACGAGCACGAAAGUAUGACUCCACCAUCCUUAGCAACAACACAUCCCCACUGGCAAAACUGUUGGACGGACUACGCUCUCUGAGCUCGGAGAUGUACUUUGGCGAGUGGGCAGGAAAAUCGGGGCCAGAUUUUCCCUUCCACUCACUAGCACAGCGCGUUCGAUCGCUCGUGGCGGAGUUCCAGCGACACGACACCGCCGGACCACUUACCAUGGCAGCACGCACCGAAGGAUGGCGACAAGUGGUAAGAUUUUUAGUUCUGCUCCGAACGAUCGGGCUCACGGAAGUUUUGCCGAACGGUGCUGAUGAUGAUCCAGGAUGCGAUAAGCACCGUCGAGAGGACGAUAAGCAGUCAAUUGAGGAUGUGAAUUGGUUGCGCACAAGCCACAAAUCGAAGGUAAGUCAUCGGGCUGAACCGGGCCAUCUUUCUACCACCGUUUGCUGCAGUCGUGUACAAGCGCGACAAACCCGUCGCUACCAGCUGACAGUGAUCGAUAUACUGGCGGACUACAUCCGGUUCCGGUGUGAAUCGGUCGCCCUGCUGCAUCCACCGAUCCGGCCGGCCGCACUGCUGCGGGAAUGCAACCGAAUCGUUGGCAGUAUGUUCGUAAUCUUUGACGGUAGCGUGGAGCUGAUGACUCUGACCCUGCUCCGCCUCAUACCGGACCGGUCAACGCACACCCUGCUACUGUAUCCUGUGUUUGAGAACAUUCUUACCAGCGGUACGGCUCGCAACGAUUAUGACACCAUCCCCGGGUACGUCCGGAUGCUGCUUUGCUUCAAGCGCUGGAAGUCACUGGUAAGCGGACGGACGGAGAAAGCUUCGAUCGAUGCACACGCCAUUCGGCUGCUGCCCGGACGCUGUCCAACAGUUCAGCGCGCUUCCGAUCUGUCCUUCCUGCGGCUGCUUCCGACCGUACCACCAGGGCAGCGGGUCGCCGAAACGCGUUACCUGCUGGUCAACGAUCUGUUCAGCCUGGAGCAUUGUAUUGCACAGUACUUUCGGCACCAUCGCCGUACCCUAACCGGCCUGCCAGUGGACGAAUCAGCCAGGAAGCAAGGCGCCGACAGAAACAACUCCAUCCGUCAACGGCGUCUGGUGAGUCAGCAUUCGAUGGAAAUCAGAAGCAAUUACAUCAACGUACCGCUGCUGGCGGAGCUGAUCGAGCGCAAGAGCCAGCAUUGGACGCGAGCCAUUACGACGCCACCGGCCAUGCUAUCUUACCACCGCCAUCAUUGCCUCGAGCAGGAAGUGCACUCCAUCAUCGAAAGCUUGCGAUUGAUAUUUCGCAACCGGGCCGAAUUCAUCGAGCUGACGCUGCUGCGCGUGAAAACUCAUCCCUCCUGCGUCACGCUGCUCGGUCCCGUUUUUGCCACAUUUCUUGGCACAGCGGCAGCGGCAAGCCCGACAAGCAACACCACCACCACCGGGCUAACCAUUUAUCGAUCAAACGAUGUGGAAACGUACGGUCGGCUGAUGCUUUGCUAUGCCAAGUGGAAGUCACUGUACUGGACGGCGGACUGUGGCCGGGACGAACCGGCCGAAUGGGCCAGUAUCGAUGCAGUUGCCCUGACGCAACUGCCGUACGAUUUUCCACGACCCAUUUGCCCAAGAGAUGCCCGGCUCCGACGCAUCUUUCCGAGCGGGCUGGCAUGGCCAAACGGUGACGUCGGUGCAGGGGUGCUGAAGCCAACGACGGAUGGGAAGCGUAACAAUGUGACAACACGCAUUCUUCUCCGAGCGCUUCCCAAACGAUCCGAUCUGCAGGAGUUAUGCUUGCAAUUUAUUCAAGCGUACCGUUGCGGCUCGGAUGCAGCAACAACAACACCACCAUCCAUGCACGACCAGCAGGACGCACGGUCUCACACGACAAACUCAGCCGCAUACAAAUCAACGUCCCCUAGCUCGGAACGGUCACUUCGAUGGCACUCGAGCGACGCUGUAUCCGGUCAGCCUACCUUCCAGGCGCACAACCAGCACACCGAGCAGCAAUCGGAAAUGAAACCGAUUAUUAUUCUAGACAGCGACGAUCCAGACGAAACGUCCAGCAAUGCCCAACAUACAAUGCCGGCCAAAGAAAACGAACAUACUAUUACGGCACAAAAUUUGCUCCACUCUGACACAUCCGCAUCUCACCCUACCUUGUUGGUGUUACGUCCAAUGGAAGCUUCCGUGGCAAAGAACGAUACAUGCACCGCAAAUGGAAUGGACCAAAACUCAUCCAGCACACCAAGCACCGAUGAGUUCGUUACCGAUACUGCUGUGCCUCAGCAGCAUCCCGCAUGGCCACCGUUUGCGGAAUGUUUUCUCAACACGCCUCCGGCAACGCCACAACACGAAACGCCUCCGGAAGUGGUUGACGAGGAACACCGACGAGCGGUGCUAGUCAAAAAGCCGUUCCCGAGUUCCAGCUGGACACGUCUGAAGGGAACGAUUCGAUUGAUAGGUCGGCGGAAGAAACGAAUCUCGGCGGCCGGUAUCGUUAAACGUGUGCUGGGGAAAUUUUUCGCCCACGACGGUUGGUGGAAUUUUGCCGACGUUCUAGCCGCAAAACUUCACAGCUCUACCAGCGCUCGAUGCUCAUCAAUAAUGAGCGUUGGUCUGGCAGGGAAUUGUAUGUUAAAGUUGAAUGAAACUGUCACAACUGGUACCGUACCGGAGCUUUUACCGAACGGUCAGCCAGACGCGACAGACCGUGGGACGGUCAGCGGUGGUAGAUUGGCCCCCGGUAAGGAUGAUGACGAUCGUUCGAAAAACGAUGCCUUGCUACGCGAACUUAUCGAUUGUCUCGGUGCUGUUGAUACGAUGCCUUUGGAAUCGAAACAGGGUUACGUUGAUUUUGCCAUUUUGCCCGACAAUCCGGGAUACGGUGCGGAACGCAACCACACCGAUACCGUGGACGACCACCAGGCGUCUCCAUCGGUGCACGGUGGUUGCGUCGACACGUCCCCGCUCUUUGCUGCAGAUAGUGAUAAAUAUGUAUUGUUGUUCACAGAACUGGGACUCGUUUCCUGGCCAAUUGUAUAA